AAGGUCACACUGAGCGCGUGUUUUUUUUGUGCUGAACGCUUCAUUUUGAGAAAUUCUAACAAACUAGCAUAAAUCAGCAUGUCGAAGCGUCGAAUCGAAGUGGGGGAGACCUACGGCAGCAAGGUUAAGAAGGAAACAGAGGCGUCCUCCUCGUCAGCGGCGGCAGCAGCGGCCGGCACUGUGGCGCAGAUCCUGGGUGGAUUUGUUCCCAAUAAGCAGCCGCCGACGAUAAAUCCUUUGACCAAAAGGCCGUACUCACCGCGCUACCAGAAUCUCUAUAAGAAGCGCAUUUCUCUACCCGUGUUCGAGUACCAGGCGGACUUCAUGCGGCUACUAAGCCAGCACCAGUGUAUCGUGCUCGUUGGUGAGACGGGUUCCGGCAAAACAACCCAGAUCCCGCAGUGGUGCGUGGACUUCGCAGUGUCCAAGGGUCGCAAGGGCGUCUCCUGUACCCAGCCACGUCGAGUUGCCGCCAUGUCUGUGGCCCAGCGUGUAUCUGAGGAAAUGGACGUGAAUCUGGGAGAGGAGGUUGGCUACUCCAUUCGAUUUGAGGACUGUUCCUCAGCAAAAACGCUUCUGAAGUAUAUGACUGACGGUAUGUUGUUGCGUGAAGCCAUGUCGGACCCUAUGUUGGAGCAAUACCAGGUCAUCUUGCUCGACGAGGCUCACGAGCGUACUCUGGCCACGGAUAUCCUUAUGGGCGUGCUCAAAGAAGUCAUCCGGCAGCGCAGCGACCUCAAGUUAGUGGUCAUGUCCGCCACUCUUGAUGCCGGCAAGUUCCAGCAGUAUUUCGACAAUGCUCCACUCAUGAAUGUUCCCGGUCGCACGCAUCCCGUGGAGAUCUUCUACACGCCCGAACCAGAAAGGGACUACCUAGAGGCGGCCAUUCGCACGGUCAUCCAGAUACACAUGUGCGAAGAAAUUGAGGGAGACAUUCUAAUGUUUCUCACGGGCCAGGAGGAAAUUGAAGAGGCCUGCAAGCGCAUCAAGCGUGAGAUCGACAAUCUGGGUUCCGAGAUCGGCGAGCUUAAAUGCAUUCCCUUAUACUCGACGUUGCCCCCCAAUUUACAGCAGCGCAUUUUCGAGGCAGCCCCACCGCCAAAUGCUAAUGGCGCCAUAGGACGCAAGGUUGUGGUUUCCACCAAUAUUGCCGAAACAUCGCUGACCAUUGACGGUGUUGUGUUCGUAAUCGACCCAGGCUUUGCCAAACAGAAGGUGUACAACCCUCGUAUCCGAGUAGAGAGUCUGCUCGUCUCGCCCAUAUCGAAGGCCUCUGCACAGCAGAGAGCCGGUCGUGCUGGACGUACGCGUCCUGGAAAAUGUUUCCGUCUUUAUACCGAGAAGGCUUUUAAGAACGAGAUGCAGGACAACACAUAUCCCGAAAUCCUGCGAUCCAAUUUGGGCACUGUGGUUCUACAGCUAAAGAAGUUGGGUAUCGACGAUCUGGUGCAUUUCGACUUCAUGGAUCCCCCAGCUCCUGAGACCCUGAUGCGUGCCUUGGAGCUACUCAACUAUCUGGCCGCCCUGGAUGAUGAUGGCAACCUUACUGACCUGGGAGCGGUCAUGUCCGAAUUCCCAUUGGAUCCGCAGCUGGCCAAAAUGCUGAUCGCCAGCUGUCAACACAACUGUUCCAACGAGAUACUUUCCAUAACAGCCAUGUUGUCGGUGCCACAAUGCUUCAUUCGUCCCAACGAGGCCAAGAAAGCAGCCGACGAGGCCAAGAUGCGAUUCGCCCACAUUGACGGGGACCACCUGACCUUGCUGAAUGUUUACCAUGCCUUCAAGCAGAGCAGUGAGGAUCCAAACUGGUGCUACGAGAACUUCAUUAACUUCCGCUCGCUAAAGAGCGCAGACAAUGUGCGCCAGCAGCUUUCCAGGAUCAUGGACCGCUUUAGCUUGCGUCGCACGAGCACUGAGUUCACCUCGAAGGACUACUAUGUCAACAUACGUAAGGCCCUCGUCCAAGGCUUCUUUAUGCAGGUGGCCCACCUGGAGCGCACAGGUCACUAUCUGACCAUCAAGGAUAACCAGAAUGUGCAGUUGCAUCCGUCGACAUGUUUGGACCACAAGCCCGACUGGGUCAUGUACAAUGAGUUUGUACUGACCACUAAAAACUACAUUCGCACAGUCACGGAUGUAAAGCCUGAAUGGUUGAUCACCCUUGCGCCCCAAUAUUAUGACCUUAACAACUUCCCCCAGUGUGAGGCGAAACGACAGUUGGAGUUGCUGCAGCAGCGGAUGGAGACUAAGCAAUACCAGAAGGGUUUCUAGAUCCACAGGAUAGUGCUAGGUGUAAUAUUGGGAGGAGAUUAUGGAUAUUAAAAUGUGAAUUUUAGAAGGUUCAGAGAUAAUUGUUCUAAGAUAAACAGUUUUGCUUUUUAUUGUUUGCUAAAUUGAAACAUAAGCACAUAGACACUUUAACAGAUUAAAAAUAUCCCCGAACUCCGUUUAGUGAAUAGUGUUAAUAAAAGAAGCCACUUUUUGUAUAUCUAA